AGACAAUAUUCGUAACAACAAUACAGCAUGUUAUAAAAAUUAAAAAUCUUAAAUUCUAAAUAGUAAAAAUAAAUUUCCAAACUUUAAAUUACUUAGGUACACGGAAUAAGGAUUCAUUGGAGAGUGGAAAGGAGUACAAACUAUAUAUUGGAGUUCAUGCUGAAACCAGAAAUGUGAAUUUUAAAUUACAAGAUCCCACUAUAGUAUAUAUUUCAUGAUUCAAUCGAAUUUCAAAAUUCUUCAAGAAAAUGUUUAACAAUUUUUACUUUUGAUUACAAUCCGUAAAAACAUAUCAACAUUGAAUUGUGAAUACCAUUUUUAACUUAAAUUUGACAGUUAUUACGAUAAAUCAACAACUAAGAGUGUUCAAACAUGGGUGUUCCUGCUUUUUUUAGAUGGUUGACUAGAAAAUAUCCAUCAGUCAUUGUUAAUUGUAUUGAGCAAAAAUCGACAGAUGUAAAUGGGGAACAAAUUCCAAUAGAUUCAACCACACCAAAUCCAAAUGGUAUUGAAUUUGAUAACUUAUAUUUGGAUAUGAAUGGGAUAAUACAUCCUUGUACACAUCCUGAAAAUAAACCGGCUCCAAAAGACGAGGAUGAAAUGAUGAUAGCAAUAUUUGAAUGUAUCGAUCGACUAUUUAGAAUUGUGAGACCUCGUAAAGUGUUGUACAUGGCUAUAGAUGGUGUGGCUCCUAGAGCUAAAAUGAACCAACAGAGAUCAAGACGUUUUAGGGCAUCUAAAGAAACAACAGAAAAAACUGAAGAAUUGGCACGUGUAAGAAAAAAUCUUAUUGAAGCUGGUGCCAUAUUACCACCUGAGAAGCAGAAAGGAGAACAUUUUGAUAGCAACUGCAUUACACCUGGAACACCAUUUAUGGAUAAACUAUCUGCUUGUUUACAUUAUUAUGUUCAUGAUCGGUUAAACAAUGACCCUGGAUGGAAAGGUGUCAAAGUGAUAUUAUCUGAUGCUAAUGUUCCCGGAGAAGGUGAACAUAAGAUAAUGGAUUUUAUAAGAAAACAAAGAGCACAACUUAAUCAUGAUCCAAAUACACAACAUGUUCUUUGUGGUGCUGAUGCUGAUCUUAUUAUGUUAGGACUUGCAACUCAUGAGCCAAAUUUUACAAUAAUUAGAGAAGAAUUUAAACCCAAUCAACCCAAGCCUUGUGAUAUGUGUGGUCAAAUGGGACAUGAAAUUAAGGACUGUCAAGGUUUAGAAAGGGAAGCAUUCAAUGAUGGAUCAACUAUUGAAUUUUCAGCUGAUGUUCAGUUCAUAUUUGUACGUUUGAAUGUCUUACGUGAAUAUUUAGAACGAGAAUUGGAAAUGCCUAACUUACCCUUUAAAUAUGAAUUUGAACGAGCUCUUGAUGAUUGGGUGUUCAUGUGUUUUUUUGUUGGUAAUGACUUUUUGCCUCACUUGCCAUCAUUAGAAAUACGAGAAAAUGCAAUUGAUCGUCUUGUUUCUUUGUAUAAAAAAACUGUGUACAAAACUGGGGGAUUUUUAACUUCAAACGGUGAUGUAAAUUUGGAAAGAGUACAAUUAAUAAUGUCUGAUUUGGGUAUGGCUGAAGAUGAAAUAUUUAAAAAAAGGCAACAAACUGAGAAAAUGUUUGCUGAUAGAAACAAAUUGAAAAAACGACGUGAAAAACAUGAUAAAUUAAUGCGCUCUAAGAGUGCUCCUAAUUUUGUAUUGGGAGGUCAAUAUGCACCAUCAGCACCAAAUACAGCAUUUUCAAUAUCCAAUCCAAGACAAACUGUUGAUGAAAUGAGGAGACAGAGUGUAGGUAAUGAAAAUAAUCAAGGUGUGAAACGGAAAAGGGAUGAUAAUGAAUCAUCAGAUGAAGAACAAGAAACACCUGAUGAAGUUCGUUUAUGGGAAGAUGGUUUUAAGGAACGGUACUAUGAAUCUAAAUUUGACGUAGACCGGACAAACAGUGGUUUCAGACAUCAGGUGGCUUUAGAGUAUGUGCGUGGUCUUUGUUGGGUUCUCCAAUAUUAUUAUCAAGGUUGCCCUUCUUGGAAAUGGUAUUUCCCUUAUCAUUAUGCACCUUUUGCAUCUGACUUUCUUAAUAUAUCUGCAGUAUCAACAAAAUUUGAAAAAGGAACUGUACCAUUUCGUCCAUUGGAGCAACUUAUGAGUGUUUUUCCUGCAGCCAGUAGCAAUCAUGUACCUCAACCUUGGGCUAUUUUGAUGAGUGAUCCAGAAUCAACAAUAAUUGAUUUUUAUCCAGUGGAUUUCAAAAUUGAUUUAAAUGGUAAAAAGUUUGCUUGGCAAGGUGUUGCACUAUUGCCAUUUGUCGAGGAAGCGAGACUACAUAAAGCCUUGGAACCAUACUAUGAUCUUUUGACUUCUGAAGAAAGACGACGGAAUGUAAAAGGUAUGGAUCGUUUGUACAUUCAACAAGAUAAUUCAAAGUACGAAUUGCUUAAAAAUUUGUACUUAGAUAAGGCUAACUAUGAAAACUCAACAUCUGUACUUAUUGAUGGUAUGGAAGGAAAAGUUAUGUUGGCUGAUGACUGUGUUAAAAUUGGAGGAUCACUUCCUUCGCCAGUUAUGGGAUUAGAUGUUGUAAGAUCAAAUCAAGUUAUAUGUGUGAAAUUCGAAGAUCCUAAUUAUGGAGAUGAUUAUAUAUUUGAAGCUAUUCGCCUUCAAGGUGUUAUAGAACCACCUAGGGUAUUGAAGCCAAAGCAUUUGUCUGAUGAACAAUCUCGUUCUUGGAGGCCUAUGAUUGGUAUGACCCAUUCAAAUCAACGUGUAAGGCUUGCGACAUCAGGUCAUAGAACACUAUCGUAUGUAUGCAUUUUUAUAAGUUUUUGUUUAAAUAUUAAAAAAAAUUUUUCUUUUAGGCAUCAUAUACCCAGAAAUUCAAGUAAUUAUGGUUCUGUUCCUCCACCACAAAGUUAUCGAAACAAUGGCCGUCAAAAUGACUACUCGAAUUCUAGGCGUCCGAGUAGUAAUUGGCAUGCAAAUCAAAACCAAUUUCCACAAAAUGAUCAUAAUACAAAUAGAGCUAAUUAUGGUCGUCAACAAAAUAAUUCAUAUAGAUCAGACAACAAUGCAUAUCCAAAUUAUGGAACUCAACAUACAUCUGAUCAACAAUCUAUGCGCAGAAAUGAUAGACCAGGAUAUUAUACUGCUGGUUAUCAAGCUAAUAAUCCUCCGCCCAGACAAUCUUUUAAUGGUAAUGUGGGUCCAAUUAGAGGAUCACAAAAUAGUCGUUAUCAACCAUAUAACCAUACUACCCAAAGAGGUGGUCCAAGGCCUCAUGGUUACAACAAUCGUGGAAAUUAUUGACAACACAGUUGUGAUAUCAGAUUUUAUUAAUAAUUUUUAAUUAAAUUUUAGAAAAUGCUAAGAACGAAAUCUCCAUUAUUGUUGAAAUUAAAAUUGUAUAAUAUACAUAUUAUAUACCGAACAUAUAAUUGAUUUAUAUAAUGUAGUGACAAGAUAAAAAUUUUUACAUCUAAUAUCUUAACUUUUUGUAAUCUUAAUCUUGUUUUAAUACCACUAUUAUUGGUAAUUUUACUAUUGAAAAAGUGAUUGUUUAAUACAUAUUUUUUUUUAAAUUUAAAUUAAAAUAAACUGAUUUAAAAGAAA